AAAAAUUUCUUCUUUUUUUUGUUUUUAAAUUUCGUACAAGCAUUUUCUUCAUAAGCCAAGACCGGUGUAAUCAUAAUGUAUAUAGAAGAUGUGCUUAUAGAUGAGAAACUCACCGCAUUGCAAAACUUUUACUAUGGACAAAAUAUCUUAAUUACCGGCGGUACUGGAUUCUUGGGGAAAAUUUUAUUAAAUAAAUUGUUUACCGCUUGUCCUGGUAUUGAUCAGAUUUAUAUGUUGGUGCGACAAAAGAAAAAUUCAAAUGUUACAAAACGCCUGGAAGAAAUAUUUAACGAUCCUAUAUUCGAUACAAUGAAGAUGAUGAAACCAAAAUUUCGUCAUCAUAUAAUAAGUAUACCCGGUGAUUGUAUGCUGCCCGAUUUAGGAUUAAGUCAUGAAGAUCGUCGCAUAUUAAUUGAGAAUGUGAAUAUUGUUUUUCAUAUGGCUGCUACGGUGCGUUUCGAUGAGAAACUUAAGAUAGCAAUGCAGAUUAAUGCCACAGCGGCACGUGACAUUAUGCUGUUAUGCAAUGAAAUGAAAAAUCUUAAAAGCUGCUUACAUGUCUCAACAGCGUAUAGUUAUUGUCCGCAAGCUCGUAUCGAAGAGAAAUUUUACGCUGCGCCGCGUAAUACGAAAAAUCUAAUACUUCUUACUGAGUGCGCGCCCGAUAAACUACUCGAUAGUAUGACACCAGUGCUAUUAGGCGAAUACCCCAACACGUACACGUUCACAAAAGCCGUGGCAGAGGAUAUAGUAAAAACGUUUGGUAAGAAUUUACCGGUUGGAGUAUUUCGUCCUGGCAUAGUGAUAAGUACGUAUAAUGAACCAAUCUCGGGUUGGAUAGAUAAUUUUUAUGGGCCGACCGGGGUUAUAGCGGGCGCCUCUACGGGCAUAAUACGUACUCUACGUUGUAAUCCACAUGCAUUUGCCGACAUGGUACCAGUUGAUAUGUGUGUUAAUAGCAUUAUAGCCGCCUCUUGGGAUAUUGCUAAAAAAUAUAACUCCACGGUAACCUUAAAAGAAAAUGGAGAAAAACUUAUUCAGACUCCCAAAGUGUAUAAUUUUUGUUCGUCGAAAGAGAAUAAAAUUACUUGGGGCGAUUUUACCAAUAAAACGACCAAAUACGGUCAUAUGUAUCCAACAAAGAAAGCGAUUUGGUAUACCUGCUAUGCGAAUCGUCCAAACCGAAUCAUGCAUUUGUUGUCCAUCUUUUGUUUACACUAUCUGCCAGCAACUAUAUUAGAUUGUUUUUCGUUGAUAAUGGGAAAGAAACCGCGAUUACUUAAAACUUAUAAGAAGAUACAUCGCUUUAUGCAUGUGAUUGAGUAUUUCGCCAUGCGUCAAUGGGACUUUGGUAUCGAUAAUGUGCAGGACCUUUGGAAUAGUUUAUCGGAACGUGAUAAAGAAUUAUUUUACUUCGAUAUGGAUCAGUUAGACUGGGAUCGUUUUUUACAACAAUACCUUCUUGGUGUACGUCAAUAUUUAUUGAAAGAUCCAAUUGAAACAAGGUCGGAAGCCUUAUCACGAUGGAACAGACUCUACUGGAUGCAUCAAAUAGCAAAAUUUGCAGUUUUCAUUGUACUGGCACAGACUGCAUUUUUCAUAUUUCUAAAAAUUUUCUAAAUUCAUCACUUAAUUAAUCGCG